AUGAGCGACCCCGUAGAUAGUCCGACGACCCCCGCCAGCGCAGGGCCCGCGACGACGGAAGCCGAUCAUAAACCUGCGGCGGCCGGCGGAGGAAAAGCCGACGUCAACCGUGUUAAAACCCCCGUCCCGCCAAAGACGAGUGCAGGCAACAAACCCGACGAAAAGAAUCCCGCGGAAACACCCGUCCCUAAAGAAACGAAGCCCGAGGAGACGUCCGACAAGAAGAAAGCCAAGAAGAAAAAGUAUGGGACGGCUCCUGAUGAAGACGCGCGUCGAACCCCCUUUGGUGAGGAUCCCUUGAUCUUUCCGUACAGAAGUCUUCUCAAGAGUCACGAUACUGAUGGCGACUACCCUGAUUCUUCAGACGCGAGUUCCGACGAGGCGUCCGACAAGAAGAAAGGGAGGAGAAGGAAGUCUGAGAAGGACUCUGAGGAAGAAGAGCGCAAGGCCCGAUUCGGGGAGGAUCCGUUGAUCUUUCCCUUCCGGAGUUCCGUCAGGAGGCACAGCAAGAACGAUGGCGACUACCCUGAUUCUUCAGACGCGAGUUCCGACGAGGCGUCGGACAAGAAGAAAGGGAGGAGAAGGAAGUCUGAGAAGGAUUCUGAGGAAGAAGAGCGCAAGGCCCGAUUCGUGGAGGAUCCGUUGAUCUUUCCCUUCCGGAGUUCCGUCAGGAGGCACAGCAAGAAGGCCGGUGGUGGGGUUGGCGCUGACCGUUCAGAAGCGCAAUCCGACGAGGUUUUCGACGCACACGGCAGUCCUACCCCGGAGGAAGGCGGGGAAGCGGCGACGCUCAGUCCUCGAACGAAAACUCCCGGCACCGCCGACAAAAAGGAUCCCGACGGUGCGUCCAGCGAGCGCGUGGAGGACGACGCCGAGGGCCCCCCAGCGAAGAGUCCUCGCGUGGACGCCCGGGAAGGGCUCCGAAAGUCUCCCGACCUGCCAUUCAUUCCUCCUGUGAUUCAGCAACUUGGUUUCCAUGAACCGUCUUUGGCGUGGCGCGUGAAGACGGCUUCUUCCCUCGGGAUUCCCGCUUCGCAAGUCGGGACCCAGCCGCUGCUGUCGCCUGCACCAUUUCUGGGCCGGCCGGUGGCUGUUCACCAGAUGGCGCCUGACGGAUCCUGUUUCUUUCGUGCCUUGAGUUUUGCCCUCACUGGCAGCCAGGUCUUUGCGCAAGCGAUACGGAACUGCGUUGUGGAUUUCUUGCUGGGGAGUCCGCAGCUAACAGCUGAAGACGUCUGGACCACGCAAGACCUCCGCGAGGAGCUGCAGAGAGCAGUCGGGAGACGCGGACUUCCGUUGUGGAUGGCGCACGGCUCAGGGGCGCUCAAGCCGGUCCGGGACAUGACACGCCCGGACCUUCUCGAGUUGUACAGAAAGUACAUGAGUUACCGUAGAACCUUUGCGACGGAGAGGGAGGUCGAUGCGGCGGCGCGCCUGUUCGGCUGUCGCAUCUUGGUGUAUCUUCCGAGUCGGCCCGAAACAAAGGAGAGAGCGGCUUGGUUGGUACAUUCCCCGCAAGGCCACGACGACGACUUGGCGCAUCACAUGGCGGCAAUUUAUGUCGUGAACAUCGGUCGUAACCACUUCGACGUCGUCAGCAGAGUAGCGACACCAACCGAGGCGGAAGGUGUCUGA